AUGUCCACCUCAGGGAAUCCGCCUCUUGACGAGCGCUUCUACAGCCUGCAGCCCGAUGAGGCAGAAUUUUUCAAAGACCAGACGGGGAUCGGAAGUGACGAGGAGCUGAAGAAGCACGUUCUUCAGGUGCAAGCGAAGGCGUACGAGGUUCAUCCAUACUCCUGCAUCAUGCGAUUUUCCUUCACUUCGCUGAGAAUAUCGCGUCUACCUGCCUACAGCCACGCUCUUAAGCUAGGACGUGAGCGGCCCGGCGCUAUCUUUCUUGACCUUGGUUGCUGCUUUGGAAAUGACGCCCGAAAGGCCGUCGCAGACGGCUUUCCUGUCGAAAACGUGAUUGGCUCCGACCUACACAAGGAAUUCUGGGAGCUCGGACACGAGCUAUUCAAGACAACCCCACAAACCUUCGCGGCCGCCUUCGUCCCCGGUGACGUCUUCGAGAUGCUCGAGCCCGUCCCGAUCCCCCUGCCCGCGGCGGCCGGCCGCGAAUCAUCAGACUUGAAAGGCAGCUCGAGCGGCCCGGGGGAAGCGCGCCCCGGCGACCUGCGCACGUUGACCUCACUCGCGCCGCUCCGGGGACACGUUUCCGUGAUCCACACCUCGGCAUUCUUCCAUCUCUUCGGUGAGGAACAGCAGCGGGCGCUAGCUGCGCGCCUCGUGGGCCUGUUGAGCGCCGAGCCUGGGUCCGUGAUAUUCGGGAUUCAUGGAGGUCUGCGCGUCGCGGGCGAGCGCGAGCGGCAAACCCCGGGGAAGCCUAGAGUAUUCAGUCACUCGCCUGAUAGCUGGCGUGAGCUGUGGGACGGCCAGGUAUUUGAGAAAGGCACGGUGCGUGUGGAGGCGGAGUUGUUGGACGCAACAGCAUAUCUACGACCCGACCUCUCUGAGGCCUCGGUAGCGGAAAAGCGGUACUGGUUGCAAUGGUCCGUGACGAGACUGUAG